AUGAAUGAUGAAUUAGAGCAGGCAUGUGAAACUUUAUCACAAAUGGUUGCCAGGCAGUUCCUUUGUACACCGCGACCCAAGGUCAUUAUGACAACUGCCAUUGUUCAACGUAAACGCGGGGAGUUCCUGUCAGCUGUUAGCAAGGGGUUCUUGCCUCCGGACUCAUCACCCCGCACACAGCCUGUCAGAAGGGAUUCGGAUGAAACAGAUGAUGAGACAGCUUUAUACGCCAGUGAUAAUGGCAUCAUCAGGUAUGAAGACAGAGAGGACGAAGUCUCCGAUCCGGUUCAUGGUGAUGUAAGACUUUCCAAUGGCCAGUCAUCAAAUGAGGGACGUCUUGAAGUAUACCUAGAUGGCUCCUGGGGCACAGUCUGUGAUAAAAACUUCGACGACGGUUUAGCUGAUCUCGUGUGUCGUCAGCUCGGUUACAACGGUAAUGGAGAGGUUAUUGAAGGCGGGAGUUUUGGUCCUGGUUCCGGUAAACAUCUACGGAACAUCAAAUGCAAUGUAACUCAUGCGGGAAAACUCGCCGACUGUCAAAGUCAGUCAGGGAUCACAAAACGGUGUACGCACAACUCAGACGUUGGUGUCAGAUGUCAUGGAGUUAUUGCAACCGACACUGAAAAAGAAGACGCUAAAAACGAAGAAAAUUAUGAUGACGUGUCCAUUCCAGUUCAUGGUGACGUAAGACUUGUGAAAAAUGGUACCACAUCAUAUGAGGGACGUUUAGAAAUCUUUCUGGAGAACUCCUGGGGAACCGUCUGUGACAAAAACUUUGACGACCGUUUAGCUGAUCUCGUGUGUCGUCAGCUCGGUUACAACGGUACUGGAGAGGCUCUUGAAGGCGGAAGGUUUGGUCCUGGUUCCGGUAAACAUCUACGGAACAUCAAAUGCAAUGUAACUCAUGUGGGAAAACUCACCGACUGUCAAAGUCAGUCAGGGAUCACAAAACGGUGUACGCACAACACAGACGUUGGUGUCAGAUGUCAUGGAGACGUUGUUGAUGAAAAACCUGAUCAGCAAAGCACAUCAGACAACAAUGGUGAGAAGACUGACAACAUUACGAAUACCCAACCACAAAAUGGUGAGGUUCGACUGAUUGAUGGUGACAGGGUAAGUGAGGGACGCCUGGAGGUGUUUUUGUAUGGCCGAUGGGGAACGGUCUGUGACAAGAAUUUCGACAAGAGUCUAGGUGAACUUGUCUGCCGUCAGCUUGGAUUUACAGAGGUGGCCAACGUAUUGCCUGGCAGUACUUUUGGCGUCGAAACUAGUAAACCAAUGCACAUGCGUAACAUCAGAUGCUCCGAGAAUGCAACGGCAAUUGGAGAAUGCGAGUACCAGAGAGGACUAACACAUCGCUGUAGUCACAAUACUGACGUUGGCGUUGUAUGUAGACAAGCCAUAACGACGGAAGUGGCCAAUCAAACUGCUGAAGGAGACGUUCGUCUGACAUCACCAGAGAACGAAGUCGGCUCUGGACGUUUAGAGGUAUUUAUCAACGACCAAUGGGGGACAGUAUGCGACGUCAAAUUCAACAUAGAGCACGGAAAUCUUGUAUGCAGGCAGCUAAACUUCGAAUCUGCAGUUGCUAUAGAGACCGACAGUUUCUUUGGCAAAGGAACGGGAAUGCCAAUGCACAUGCGCAAUUUAAAAUGCAAUGCAACUGCGCAACGCAUAUUCGACUGUGGCUAUAACAGGGGCUUUACCAACAGAUGCACACAUGACACGGAUGUUGGGAUUAGAUGUCAGAAGUGAAGCGUGAGAUUGAAGUAAACAUUAACCAUUCGAGAUAUGAAGUUUCUUCAAGAUUUACGCCACAUUCGUUGUUUUUGAAGUACAAAAUGCUACUCUAUGAUUGUACCACCCGAUAGAUAAUUAUCGUUAUUUUUCUUGACUGCAUAAUGGCUCUUA